AUGGCAAACGAGGUUAGAGUAUUAGAUGGAGCGGAGGAAUUGGAGGAUUUCCUGAAAGUUGCCCUACCACGCGCUAACUUUGUAACGAGGACCACAGAAAAACCGUUCUCAAACAGUGUUGAAGAGAUCUUCAAGGAGGCCAUUCUGCGUCCAAAGGGGUUCAUAUGGAGCCAGGAACGUGGCACGAGCUGUGCACCGAUUCCUUUUGAUGGAGUUCCGUUCGUCUGCUGUGGCUUUCGCAUACUAGAAUGUCAAUUUGGGAAGCACAGGUGCCACACCACAAAAUGCACCGAGUCCUCUGAUGAUGUAACGAGUUCAGCAUCUGAUCAUUCUUACCCCAAAGCCUCAGCUGAUAAGAAGAAGAAGAGGAUAAAACUCCAAGGGACAAGAAAAAUUGGAUGUGAGGCAUCGUGCAACAUUCAUCGCAUUCUGCGACUCCCCGCUUAUUCGGUUGACUCAACUGGUCUUUCUGCUUCCGCCUUGGUAAAAGCAAAAGCGGGUAAAGUGAAGGAGCUUAAGAUAUCUAUUUUGGCUGCUCUCGAUGCUGGCGACCUGUCCAAACUCAAUGUGUGCGAUCGGUUUAUCGUGAGCUACCCAACUGAGGGUAGUCACAGUGGUCAUGAUGUCAUUACCGAGAAAGGUAAACUCGCCAGCGAGCUCAGCCAAAGACUCAGUCAGUCGGUUAUCGACCGAAUUCUCCAACUCGUCGAGAGUGGUCUACGAGAUGCCCGGGCUAUCCAGACCAUGUUCAAAGUGGAGUAUUGGCAUGAAUUUGGCCGGGCGUACCACCCAGAGCUAAAGGACAUCCGCUCCCACAUAGCCCUGGCUACCCAUAAGCUGCAGCAAUCUAGACUGGACCAGACUCAGAUGGCUCACAAGGUGAAGGCAUGGUCUGAGUCCCCCCGCCCACCUGCGCUUAUGCAGUUCCGGCCAUAUGUGCCAGAUUCAGAACCAUCAGAGUGCAGUGCUGCACCAGCUCUUUCCUUGGAAGCUGAAAGUGACUUGGAACCCAGUGAUGGAAGGUAUAAGGGCAGCGGCGGCGGUGAUGACGAACCGCUAGUGGAUCCCGUGCCAGCCUCUUCACGCCUCCUGGUAAUACACCAGGAGGUAUGGCAAAGAGAGCUUCUAGUAAAGUAUGGCGAGCUCGUUCUUAUGGACGCUACAUACCGCACAACGUGCUAUGACCUGGCCUUGUUUUUCCUGGUUGUGCACACUAAUACAGGCUACAUCGUUGUGGCAGAAUUCUGUGUGCAAUCCGAGAAACACGCUGAUAUAGCUGAAGCUCUCACUAUAAUCAAGCAACGGACUCCGUCUUGGAAACCUAAAUUCUUUAUGACGGAUUAUUCCCAGGCUGAGAUGCUUGCACUGGAGGAGGUUUUCCCUGGAGGGAGGAUAUUUCUCUGUGACUUCCACAGAGAGCAGGCUUGGCAGCGCUGGACCAAAGACCGUUCCCACGGCCUAAGUGAUGAUGAAGCCGUAACACUGCUAGAAAGCUUGCGACAAUUGGCUUAUGCUUCACCGUGUCGAGAGGCGGGACAAUCUCCAGAAAAACACUACCGUGAAGCGGAAUCAAAGCUACGUAGUCUUGAUGUGUGGUGCGCCAAUAAGCACGUGCGAAGUUGGCUGAAUGCCAAAUGGCUCUCAAUCCCAGAGCGGUGGGCCAGGGCAUGGACAGAGCGUGAAUACCACCACAACGUGUUUACGAACAAUGGGAUCGAGGCCCAAAACAAGGUCCUGAAAUAUGCCUUCCUUAAAAGUAACAACGGCAAGAAAAGGACGCUUAGUGAUACCUUCACCAUCAUUAUUGAGCAGUUCCUACCUGAGCAGCGAGAUAAGUACCUGAAGAAGAAUAUCAUGCAGCUGAGCUCCUUCCGAAGGUACAACGACUACGUACCCGUAUACCUACGCGACCGGCCCAGGAAUGUCAUCCUGCACUGCAUGGAACGCGAGCAGUCUUCUCAGGAGUACUUGCCAGAGAAUGUUGAAGCUGUUGGGGAUCACCAGUAUAAUGUCAAGUCAUUUGGGAGGACUCGUCUCGUUAGCUUUGAAACACCCUCAUGUUCUUGCGAGGACUGGAAUCUGAGAGCCCUACCGUGCAAACAUAUGUUUGCCGUAUUCAAGAAUGUACCCGGCUGCAGCUGGGAGUCGCUGCCCGAGACGUACUGCUCCAGCCCCAAAAUGACUCUAGACAUCGAUCUUGGAGAUGGUGAGGUUCAUUCAGAAGAUUUGGAAGUGCCCGAGCAGGUGAACAACUCGCAUGAAGUUGGAGCCCAGCUGUCAGAUCCAGUUUCAAAUGAAAUUCCUUUACACAGGACACAACAGCAACAAAACCAACUCUCUGCAAGGCAAGCACGAAACAUGCUCAAAGUAAUCGAUGCACAGACCUUCGUCUGUACAGACUCAAGUGCUCUAAAAAAUCUCUGCGCUCAACUGGAGAAGCUGUCAGAAGAACUUGCGAAAAGUCUGCCCACUGAUGAGUCUGGCUUGGUUAUCCAAGAGGCGUCUUCAUUCACCUUGAACCAACACUUUAGCGCCAGGCGCAGACUGCACGAAACAUAUAGCACUGCUGUCCCUGAUCCAGCCUUGGAGUCAGGGCAUGCCAAGCGUGGUCGACCUGCAGUCGAAAGACACCUCAGGUGUCGUGUCGGAGUUUCCGGAGAGACUGAGCGGAGGCAGUUCCUACAAGCUCAACAGCGUGAGAAAGCCUCGACAAGACCUGGUUCCGUCACAUUGACAGCAUUGACGGGAAGCAGUUCAAUACAACAGGCUGCAGCUCCCGAACGUAAGUGGCGAUGUCUUCAGUGUGCAUCUGUACACUGUACAGCCAUUGGUGUUGCUCGGUGUAAUCCACUCCAAUAA